GGAAACAAGAUUUUUCUUCUUUCCUGCUGCUGAUCUACUGGGGCUUCAGUGCAGCCGAGAGUCAAUCCUCAAUAAAGGAAUAACAAUGGUGACAGACGUGCAGCUGGCCAUAUUUGCCAACAUGCUUGGCGUGUCGUUGUUCCUGUUGGUUGUGUUGUAUCACUACGUUGCUGUCAAUAACCCCAAAAAGCAGGAGUAGAGUCCGCCAAUAUGACCGGAGAGAUGAGAUGGGAAUCAAAGCCACCACCUUGGAAACAUUCCCCACCUUCCAUCCUUCUUUCCAAGAGAUGAAUUUCUAUGUUGCUAUGGUUGCACAGUGGUGUAUGUUCUUUUUGUAAUAAAAACACAUUAAGUACA